AUGAAUUUCACUGGUUCAACGAUUCUAAAAUUAAUCGGAAUGAAUUCUGAGAAUUCUUCAGGUCAAGGUGUUGAUCCACUAAAUUCCGACCUGAUUUUUAUUUUCGACAUUGACGACACGUUGUAUAAAGCUUCUGAGGAGAUGCACAAUGCAGACAUGAAUGCAUGGAAGACUGCGUAUGACAAAUAUAAACAUAAAAAUAGUAAUACACCAGAUUUUAAUACAUUUAUUGAACUGUCUGAUAUGUACUGUGAAACAUUUAGAUCGUUUUUUGAUGUAAAGUAUUCUGAGGUAGAAAAAACAAGAAAUUUCAAUUACAAAACGUAUUUAAAAAAAGAUGAGAAUCUAUAUAAUUAUCUUAAAAAAUUUCCAUAUAGAAAAUGGUGUUUUACAAAUGCGACUAAAUACAGGGCGGUACCUAUUUUACAUGCUAUUGGUCUUGAUGAUUGUUUUGAAGGAAUUAUACACAUUGACGAUGACUGUAAACAAAAUUGUAGCAUAGGAAAACCAUCAGAAGAAGCUUUUUUGUUUAUUGAAAAAAUUUUCAAUAUUAAAGAUAAAAAAAAAAUUUACUUUUUUGAUGAUUUAGAACCAAAUAUCAAUACAGGUAUAAAAAUGGGGUGGAAUUGUUAUCUUAUAAAAAGAGAAGACAGCCUUAUAGAUGUACUUGAUAAGGUUUUAGCAAAUUUGAGUGAAAAUGGUGAAAUUUAA